UCAAUUGAGCCUACCACUACUACUAAACUCCACGUCUUCACCUCUCAAGGCUCUACCGACAAUGCAUUCCUCCUCCCCGAAAUAGCAAGCAGUCAGGGUGUUUGUUUACAAUGCGAGUUCUGGAAGAUUACGAAUCCGGGAGAGGAUGUUCGAUGUGAAGAGUGUCGGAUCCCGAAGAUCGUGGAGCCUGCUUCAUUGCUUGUGAAUGGAUGGAAAGGCAAAUCGACGGACGCAUAUACGACUGCAACCACAUAUCUGGGCAGCCAGCACAAGAGCAAGGAAGCACACGGAGUCUCUCAGUUUUCAACCACAACCCGCUGCUCCGCCUGCGAACUUGCCCUCCUGAUCUCCCCAAGCUAUCCAACCUGCGCUUCCUGCUGCCCUAAUCCUGGCCUCCUCUCGCCUCCGUCUCCUUCCCUCUCGCCAUCGUCCCCCAAAGUCCGUCGGUCUCGCGCGGGGAGGAAUUCUAAACUUCCUCUCACCGCACUGAACCGGCUUCAAGCUUGGCUGGAUGCCAAUACUGAUAAUCCGUAUCCCAGUGCCAAGGUUAAAAAGGAAUUGGCUCAAGAAUGCGGUAUCACGGAAAAGCAGGUUGGGACCUGGUUCGUCAAUGCCAGGGCUCGACAACUGAAUCCGUUAGAGAGGUGGGCGAGCAGUGGGAGUGAAGAUGAGGGGGCCAGGGAGGAGGAUAUCGAAAGAGCAGCGGGCGUGGGGGUUGGUAUGGUGGGUGUAGGACCUUCUCCGUCACUGCAUCGUCGGACUGGCUCCGUAUCGGGAUCCAGUGUUUUCUCGGGAGGGGCAGGAGCUUGUGGGAGGGCAACAACGGUGCCGAAUAGAAGAGGGAAGAAGAAGAACUAUCGGAGAUCGAAUGCACCGCCCCAGAUCGACGAACUCUCACCUAUCUCACCAGUCCAGGAACAAACCUCACCAACAUUCAACCGAGCCCCUGUCAACCGCCAACCCGACCAGGAAACCUGGCAAUGCACAUUCUGCUUGCGUCCGCUUGUCCCUAAAUCGUGGCGUCGGCAUGAAGAAACUCAGCACCGUCCCCGCUCACAAUGGACGUGUAUGCUGUAUGGACCUCGACUUUCGUUUCCUCCCCGCUCAAACACAACCCUCACCACGACCCCGAACGCAGCCUCUAAUACAUCUCCCACCUCGAACUCGAACUCAACAUCGUACUGCGCAUUCUGCCUCGCCCCGUCUCCCUCUGAAUCCCACUUCCUCACCCACCACCGGAUCCCGGACUGCGCCAAGCGGUCCCCCAAAGAACGCACAUUCUUCCGGCCAGACCAUCUCCGGCAACACGUUCGUAAUUUCCACGGCGCGCGGCUGUUGGAUAUUGCGCAGGUGCGGUGGAAGACGGGUGCUAGAGAUGAACACGGUGAAGGGGAGGGAGAUGCAGAAGGUGGGAAAGGCUGGAUUUGCGGGUUUUGUGGCGAGAGGUUGAGGAGCUGGGAUCGGAGGGAGACGCAUGUUGCAGGGCAUUUUAAAGAGGGGUGGACAAUGGCAGAUUGGAGG